CCAUCAUCCCCAGCAGCGCUUGCGCAGAUGCAGCCCCGGGGGGCGCAGGACCUCGGGUCUCGGGAAGCGGUGACUCCAGUUUCAAGCCGUUUCACACGUUUCCUCCUGAAGAGAACCAGCCUGCAGCGAUGCCUCAGCCAGAACUGGGCACCAGCCAGAGGAAGUGCUCAGGCAGCACACGCUCAUCUCUGCAAAUUUUCAAGAUCAUUUAUGCAACAUCUGGAAAAGAAAAGUCUCAUCAAUUUUUUGAUUCUUUUCCUUCCUUCUGGUUUAUGAUUUUUCUUAGAAAUUCAUCAAUCAGAUUCCCUUUUCAGGGGCUUUCUUCGCACACCCAGUGAGUGGGUGGCUACCUUUGAACGUGUAGGGUCCCCAGGCGGACAAAAGUAGGCAUGAGGAAAUGAGAAAAAGAAGAUAUGUCAUUUUGGACAAAUCUAACACUAAUCCAUGCAGUUAAAUAAAUGACCAGCAGCACGAUCUCGUGGCUGCCUGCUAGCCUUCCAUCCUCACGGGCCUGUCACCACCCUGCAGGCACCCAGGGUGGUGGCCGGCCAGUCUCCAGCAGAGUGAGUGACGAGCCCCUCCUGCUAGAGCCAGUGUGCGUCGGGAGAAGAGGGCAGGCCCGCGCCAGCCGUGUUGGCUUCGGACGGAGAGACGUGGCGCCAGGAGGGCAGCCUCUGAAGCGCCUAGCCCUGUGGCCGAGCUCGGGGUCCGGGAGACAUAAAUGGCUCGCCUCCCCCCCGGCAUCCACUUCGUCAUCUCCUUCUCCCGCGAUCAGUGGUACAGAGCCUUCACCUUCGCGCUGACCUUUGUGCUGUACGCCAGUUUCCACUUAUCGCGGAAGCCUAUAAGCAUCGUGAAGGGGGAGCUCCACCGGGACUGUGCUGCCUCCGACGACGACGACGGGGGAAUCGAGCUCAACGGCCUGAGCCAAAGAGCCCGAGAUGUCGCCCCAUUCUCUCUCCCAGACAACCAGACCAACUGCGGAUGGGCCCCAUUUGAUCAGGACAACUACCAGCAGCUGCUCGGGGCGCUGGACUACGCCUUCCUGUGCGCCUACGCCGUCGGCAUGUACCUGAGCGGCAUAAUAGGGGAGCGGCUGCCCAUCAGGCAUUACCUGACCUUUGGGAUGCUGGCCAGUGGCGCCUUCACCGCACUGUUCGGCCUGGGGUACUUCUACAACAUCCACAGCUUGGGGUUCUACAUGCUGACUCAGAUCAUGAACGGACUGGUGCAGACCACCGGCUGGCCCAGCGUCGUCACCUGCCUCGGCAACUGGUUUGGAAAAGGGAGGAGAGGCUUGAUUAUGGGGGUCUGGAACUCCCACACCUCUGUGGGCAACAUUUUGGGGUCCUUGAUUGCUGGCUACUGGGUGUCCACGUGCUGGGGCCUGUCCUUCAUCGUGCCUGGGGCCAUCGUGGCGGCCAUGGGGAUAGUGUGCUUUCUCUUCCUCAUCGAACAUCCCAAGGACAUCGCCUGUUCCUCCUCCCUGGUGGCGCAGGCUAAAGCCUUCGAGAACGGCACGCACCGGUUCCGGCUCCAGAAGCAGCUGGCCCCGGGGGAGAAGAGCAAGGUCCUGGACACAGAGACACAGUGCCUGCUGCCGCCUGACGGGAAGCGCCCGGCCCAUCAGAACCACGUGGUCAUCCUCCCGGCCGACAGUGGGGGUGGCAUGGCUGCCAUCAGCUUCAUCGGGGCCCUGAAGAUUCCUGGGGUGAUCGAGUUCUCACUGUGUCUGCUCUUCGCCAAGCUGGUCAGCUACACGUUCCUCUUCUGGCUCCCGCUGUACAUCACGAGCGUGGAUCACCUGGACGCACAGAGGGCUGGGGAGCUCUCCACCUUAUUCGACGUGGGCGGGAUCUUCGGUGGGAUCCUGGCAGGUGUGAUCUCAGACCGACUGGAGAAAAGAGCCUCCACCUGCGGCCUGAUGCUGCUGCUGGCUGCCCCCACGCUCUACGCGUUCUCCACCAUCAGCCAGGCGGGGCUGGAGGCCACCAUCGCCAUGCUACUGCUCAGCGGGGCCCUGGUCAGCGGGCCCUACGCCCUGAUCACCACCGCCGUCUCCACAGACCUGGGGACCCACAAGAGCCUGAAGGGGAACUCGCGGGCCCUCGCCACUGUCACCGCCAUCAUCGAUGGGACCGGCUCUGUAGGAGCAGCCCUGGGCCCGCUGCUGGCCGGGCUCAUCUCCCCGUCCGGGUGGAACAACGUGUUCUACAUGCUGAUGUUUGCGGACGCCUGUGCCUUGCUGCUCCUGGUCCGCCUCAUCCACAAGGAGCUGAGCUGCCCCGGGCCGGUGUUGGCAGAGCAAGCGCCGCUCAAGGAGCACUGACACCCGGAGUGCGUGGAGGAGGCUGGGCCUGUCCUUCACCCACUGU